CUUAUUUUCUGCCUUCGUAUUAAGACGCUGGAGAUACAACAACACUUGCCAGUGUUUGCUGAAAUGUUUAAAUGAGUGAAUAUGUGACUGGUGCUAAUGAGCAUGUUCGUAUAAUCCGGCGGGUUCAGAAUUUGUUGGGACAUGUCUCCAGAGAAAACAGAAUAUGAUAUAGUGAGUGACAAUAAUGAUGUGACUGACUGAGGGCGACGUAAAGCCAGCUGUCGAGUGUUAAGUUAACCUUCUUUAAACUUUGCUGUCUAUUGCUAGCUGAAGCUUUUGUCAUUUUUCAUUAACGAGUUGACAGUUCAGUUAUCCGGGUGACGCGGAUCGUGGGGGGGGGGAUUCGGAUGAAAGUUUUGAUAGAAGUUGAGUCUCCCGCCUGCCAGUGAGCUAGCAACCUGCAACCCUGGAAAUCGAAUUGGGUGACGACAAGAGGAUUUUGGGAAACGGCACCAUGUUCAAAUCGGUCCUGAAGAAAAGCCGAGAAGGAGGGAAGGGGAGCAAGAAGGAAUCAGCUGGCGACGCUCCAUCUGAGGGCAGCACCCCGUACCCUUACACCCCGGAGGAGGUGCUGCGACUGACCAAAGGGGUGUCCAUGUCGCUGCCCUCCUCGCCCCUCCUGCCCCGACAGACCUACAUGAUGCCCUCACGUGCCUGCAAAAAGUCGCCAGGACCAAUCAGAAAGCCCAAGUAUGUGGAGAGCCCUCGCGUUCCCGGAGACGCCAUCGUCUCAGCGCUGAGGAAGGUGGCUGACAACAAGGAGUCCUGCCCUCACAAUGAGCUGCGAGCUGAGAAAGAGCCAAGCUCCUCCCCUGCCACUCAGGAACUGAUGACAAGGCUGGGCUUCUUGCUGGGAGAAGGGAUCCCGGGCUCGGCGCACAUACCUAUGGAAGACAAGAAUGAAAAGAAGUGUUUAGUCUCCACUCAGGGCAUCAGCCCGUGCUCCACCCUGACCAGCAGCACGGCGUCCCCCUGCACAGACAGCCCCUGCUCCACCCUCCACAGCAGCACCAGUGGUGGUGGGCGCGCGCCCCCCCUCAGCCUCGGCCCCGGCUCCAGCUCCGGCCCCGGACACUCCAGCCCCUGCGGCACCAUCACCUCCCCCAGCUCCACACUCGAGAGCAAGGACAGCGGGAUCAUAGCCACCAUCACCAGCUCCUCGGAGAAUGACGAGCGCAGCGGCUCCAGCCUGGAGUGGAGCCGCGAUGGCACCGGUGGCGGCGGCGGCAGCAUGAGGGGCGGCGGGCAGCAGAACGUGCCGCACGCCGCCCGGCCUGACACCUGCUCGCCGGUGGCCGAAGAAGAGACCGCGGGUCCGUCGUCCGAGAACGGCACCACCACCACCACCACCACUAGAGCCGACGUGACCGCAGCCAUGCCCGCAGUCUCGACGCCAGCAGCACCCGUCUCCGUGGCAGUCUCCACGACGACAACAACCAUGCCGCCCACGUCCCUCGUCGAGGGCCCCAUGCAGUACCUCGCCCAGAGCUCGGCGGGUCUCAUGAUGCCGCGGCCCAACUCAGUGGCAGCAACAAGCUCCACCAAACUGGAAGACCUGAGUUAUCUUGAUGAGCAGCGCAACACUCCCUUGCGAACCUCCAUCCGCCUGCCCUGGCACAACACCGGAGGCAGGGCGCCCCAGGACUCCAAAGCUCGCUUCACGCCGUACAAGCCGGCAGACAUCAUGCUCAAGCCGCUGCUCUUCGAGGUGCCCAGCAUCACCACCGACUCGGUGUUCGUGGGCCGCGACUGGCUCUUCCAGGAGCUGGAGGACGCGCUGAGGGGCUCCGAAUCGCCCGAGAGCCGCGGCGUGGUGGUGGUGGGCAGCGUGGGCUUCGGCAAGACGGCCAUCAUCUCUCGGCUGGUGGCGCUGAGCUGCCACGGCGGACGCAUGCGCCAGAUCGCCUCCAACAGCCCCAGCGCCUCCCCUAAGACAGGUGGUGAUGGGAACUCGGACCUGCCCCUGUCGCAGCCCCCCCAGCCCACGCCGCCCCCCAGCGCCACCAACACCCUGAGCAACUGCCCCAGCACCCCCGAGCUCCAGCGCCGCAGGGAGGAGGCCGUCAAGCGUCUGGCUGCCAAGGUGGUGGCCUACCACUACUGCCAGGCGGACAACACGUACACAUGCCUGGUGCCGGAGUUUGUGCACAGUGUGGCGGCGCUGCUGUGCCGGGCGCCGGUGCUGGGCGCCUACCGGGAGCUGCUGCUGCGCGAGCCGCAUCUGCAGAGCAUGCUGAGCCUGCGCUCCUGCGUGCAGGACCCCUCGGCCGCCUUCCGCCGCGGCGUGCUGGAGCCGCUGCUUAACCUGCGCAAGGAGAGGAAGAUCCCGGAGGAGGACCUCAUCAUCCUGGUGGACGGCCUGAACGAGGCCGAGUUCCACAAGCCGGACUACGGAGACACCAUCGCCUCCUUUGUCACCAAGAUCAUCUCCAAGUUCCCCCCGUGGCUCAAGCUCAUCGUCACUGUGCGGGUCAACCUACUGGAGAUCACAAGCCUGCUGCCCUUCACUAAGCUCUCCCUCGACGAGUACCCUGACCACAAGGACAUCGGCUCCGACCUGAAUGCCUACAUCCAGUACCGCAUCAACGGCAGCAAAGACAUCAUGAACAACAUCUCGCUCAACGGCAAGGCCGACCCGCUGAUCGUGGGCAAGGUGAGCAGCCACCUGAUCUCGCGCAGCCUGGGCUCCUACCUGUACCUGAAGCUGACCCUGGACCUGUUCGAGCGCGGCCACCUGGUCAUCAAGAGCGCCAGCUACAAGGUGGUGCCCGUCUCGCUGGCCGAGCUCUACCUGCUGCAGUGCAACAUGCGCUUCAUGAGCAACUCGGCCUUCGAGCGCUGCAUGUCCGUGCUCAACGUGGCGCUGGCCUCGCUGCACCCCAUGACCGACGAGCAGCUGUUCCACGCCGUCAACGCCGGGAACGUGCGCGGCGAGCUGCCCUGGGAGGACUUCCAGCAGCGCAUGGAGCUGCUCGCCGGCUUCCUCAUCCGGCGGCGCGACAAGACGCGCAUGUUCUGCCACCCGUCCUUCCGCGAGUGGCUGGUGUGGCGCGCCGACGGCGAGAGUUCGGACUUCCUCUGCGACCCGAGGAGUGGGCAUGCACUUAUGGCCUUCAUGCUCUCGAGACAAGAGGGGAAACUCAACCGGCAGCAGACCAUGGAGCUCGGCCACCACAUCUUAAAAGCACAUAUUUUCAAGGGUCAGAGUAAGAAGACCGGUGUGUCCUCUAGUGUGCUGCAGGCUCUCUGGAUCAACUGCAGCACAGACAGCCUUUCUGCUGCUCUGGCGUCCCUCAGGAACAUUUACACACCAAACGUCAAGGUGAGCCGUCUGCUGAUGCUGGGCGGUUCCAACGUGAACUACCGCACCGAGGUGCUGGGCAACGCGCCGGUGCUGUGCGUGCAGUCCCACCUGGGCCACAUGGAGAUGGUGGCGCUGCUGCUGGAGUACGGGGCGCGCGUGGACGUGGUGGCCGAGAACGGCAUGAGUCCGCUGUGCUUCGCCUCCGCCGCCGGACACCAGGGCCUGGUCAGCCUGCUCUGCAAGAGGGGAGCCAAGGUGGACCAUGUGGAUAAGAGCGGCCAGUGUGCGCUGGUCCACGCUACCCUGAGGGGUCACCUGGGGGUCAUCCAGUACCUGCUGGAGCUGGAGUGGGGCGGGGAGGGCCCGCAGCACAGUGCAGGCCUAAAGAGCAAAGCCCUCCAGCAGGGCCUCAUCGCUGCCUCCAGUAUGGGACACACACAGGUGGUUCGCGGCUUGCUGGCAUUGAAUAACGAGCACACGGUGCAAAUUGACGGCCAUGACACCCUGUGGGGAGAGACAGCUCUAACUGCAGCAGCAGGCCGGGGGAAGAUGGAUGUGUGUGACUUGUUGCUGGAGGAGGGGGCAGUGGUGCAGCAGGUCAACCGCAGGGGUGUGUCCCCACUCUUCUGUGCCGUCAGGCAGGGGCACUGGCAGAUCGCAGACUUGUUGCUGCAGCGAGGUGCUGAUGUAAACGCAAGUGAUAAACAGGGCCGGACGUUACUGAUGGUGGCAGCCUGCGAAGGCCAUCUCAGCACUGUAGACUUCCUGUUGUCAAAGGGGGCCUCUUUAACGUCCACGGAUAAGGAAGGGUUAACGCCCCUGAGCUGGGCGUGUCUGAAGGGCCACAAGAAUGUCGUGCAGUUCCUCGUGGAGAAGGGCGCGGUUAUCGACCACACAGACAAGAAUGGCCGGACACCGCUGGACCUGGCUGCCUUCUACGGAGAUGCCGAUAUCGUGCACUUCCUGGUGGAGCGCGGGGCGGUGAUCGAGCAUGUGGACUACAGCGGCAUGAGGCCGCUGGACCGGGCCAUCGGCUGCAGAAACACCUCGGUGGUGGUGACCCUGCUGAAGAAAGGGGCCAAGCUAGGCUACCGAACAUCUCCUUAUGAUCGAUCAGGAAACGCCGCGUGGGCCAUGGCGACGUCCAAGCCUGAUAUCCUCAUUAUCCUCCUGCAGAAGCUGAUGGAGGAGGGGAACCUACUCUACAAGAAAGGGAAGAUGAAGGAGGCAGCUCAGCGGUAUCAGUAUGCACUGAGGAAGUUCCCCCGCGAGGGCUACGGCGAGGACCUGAAGGCCUUCAAGGAGCUGAGGGUGUCCCUGUAUCUCAACCUGUCCCGCUGCCGCAGGAAAACCAACGACUUUGGGAUGGCGGAGGAGUUUGCAACAAAGGCACUUGAGCUGAAACCGAAGUCCUACGAGGCUUAUUACGCCCGGGCCAGGGCCAAGAGAAGCAGCAGGCAAUUCACUGCUGCGAUGGCAGACCUGCACGAGGCGACCAAACUGUGUCCUAACAACCGGGAGAUCCGGCGGCUGCUGGCGCGGGUGGAGGAGGAGUGCAAGCAGAUGCAGCGCGCCCAGAGCAAACAGCAGGGGGCGGCGGGCGGCGGCCAGGACUCGGACCACGAGCCCGAGCACGAGGAAGGCGAAGACGACCUGGCGGACCGCAGCCUGGGCCGAAGCCUGGACGGACACCACGGCGCCCUCGAAGACGAGAGCCCACAGGCGGACAACAGGGCGGAGGCCUGGGCGCAGAGCGCCUACUCGCUCAACAGGACCCUGCCCGAGGCGCGGCCCAGUUCGCCCCCCGGCCGGCAGGGCCACAGGUACCAGCGGGAGCCCAUGGCACAGCCGGGGCCUCUCAUGCAGCCCACCAAGCAGGCUCAGAUCGUCAAGACCAACCAGCACAUGAAUUCCCUCCAGACGGGGGGCCGACCGGCUGCCCGAUCCCAGUCCCAGUACGCCCCCUCCAGCCCCCUGCCCAGCCGCCACAUGUCCAGCGCGCUCAAAGCCGGUCCGGGUAUCGAUAUCAGCCCUCUGCUGCCCCCAGUGGAUGAGCCGGGGCCCAGCUACAGCGAGCGGCUCUUCCUGGCCGCUCCCUCCCACCACUGUGACUCCGAGGCUCUGACGCCGUCCCAGCUGUACGGCCCCGGCUCGACGAAAGCUCCGGAGAGGCUCUCGGCCAACUCUGUGUCCUCCCUGGAUGCGCUCGCCUCAGCUUCGGGGGCACCUGGGGGCCCCAGCCCGGUCCAGGAGCUGCUGAGGGACCCAGCCUGCAGCACUACGACGUCCGGAAGCGGCAGCUCUCAGGUGGGCAACAUGAGAGUGUCCAGCUCCACCAGCAGCCUGGCGUCCAGCAGCAGCCUCUCGGACAGCGGCAAGCUCCAGGGACCCGACGUCCGCUCUAAGACCUCCACCUCCGACAAAACCAAGGCAGUCUCCGCAGGCUCAGAGUACAAACCCAGACCCUUCAUGGGAAUCAUGGACAAGACUGCCCGCUUUCAGCAGCAGCUGCAGCUACAGCAACAGCAGCAGCAGCAGCUGCAGCAGCAGCAGCAGCAGCAGCCACACCCAGGCCACCCUCCCACGAGCCGUAGCUGGCAGAGUCACUCCUCCGAGGGGCUGGUGAGCCACAGCAUGGUCGCCAUGGGGCUUCAGACCGUCAACUGCGAGCUACCUUACACCAAGCCGGGGCUCAAAGCUCCUCCUCAGGGCCCCGCUGCCGUCUCCGCCGGCAUGCUCAACGGUAUGCACGCCAAGGAGUUUACCGAGAAGUUCUGCCAAGUGGCCACCUGUUACAAGGAGUCUAAGCCAGCCAUGGCCCUGCCGCACUCCUACAUGGACGACAAGCCCAAGCAGCCAGGCUUAGCCCGAGAUAAUCCCGCCGCCAUUCAUGUAGCCUCGAUGAAACCAAAGCGAUCCUUUAUAGAGUCCAACGUAUAGAGGUGUUCUUUUUCACCCCACUGGAAGAGUGUGUCUCUCUAAAUCUCAGAAACGCAGAGCCACUUCAUGGUCAGGGUUUGGUUUCCAUUUUCAUUUGUACUUCGAUUUUUUUUUUGCCGUUUGCUUUGCAUAUUCUUUUGGUUUUAGGCGUUGGAUCUUAUUAUUUGAGAAUGUGGACCAGAGGUGGCCAUUUUGACUGGCGUUUUGGACUGAUUUGGCGCAUUAGCUGCCAGUGACUUCUGUUACACGACUCCCUGGGAGUCGGCUUAGCUGGAGGAGUUUGACCUGUCCCAUUCCUCCACACUUGGAAACGCACAACUGUGCUCUAUAUGUACUUUGACCACUUCAGUUUUUUUUUUUUUUUUUUUUUUCUAACGUGGUGCAUUGUCGGUCAUAAACUGUCAAAUACAGUGCUCAAGUAUUGAGGAUGGGUAAUGAAGAGAGGGUAACGGGGCAAACCUGCUGCCUAAGCACAGAAGUGGGGUAGUAUCCCCCACCAAACAGUGAUGGCACUUUACUAGUGAACAUAAGCCUUUUCGAGUGCUUAACACUACAUGUACAGUUGGAAUUCAGGUGUGGGGAUUGACCCGUGUGUGUGUGUGUGUGUGUGUCAGAGAGUGUAUGUGUGCGUGUGUGCUCUGUGAGUGGUGCUGUUGUUGAAGGACACCAAUGCAUAGGUGGACAGUAGAGGCUAUUAGAGAUGGGCAUUCCUGUGUUUUGUAAGAGGGUAUGCAUCCUCACCCCUGUGUAUAUAGCCAAGCGAUAACGUAUUUUUUUUGCCUUUCUUUUCAGUGAAGGUCUGUGUCUGUGUAAUUGACUUGUUCAAAUUAUGUGUAUUUUGAGUUCUAUUUUACCUUUUUUUUUAGGCGGGGGGGGGGGGGGGGGCGGCAGUCAGAUGUCAUUGGAGGUUCUAAAAAAACAUUGAACUUGUUUGUAUGUUUGUACAUUAUAUAAAUUUGCCCUAUAAUGUUUCAGAAAAUUGGUUCCUCUCUGUAUCUGCUUGUUGUUGCUGUCUAGGUUAAUUUAUUUACAGCGCCUAUGGCUUGGUAAUUGUAAAAGCAAUAUAUUUUAUAUAGUUAUUUUUGCACAGCUACUAAGACAUUUUACAAUAAGCUCUAAUUGAGGACUUUUGGUUUUAAAGUGCAUGCCACAGUUGCCGUUUAUAAUAAAGACUUUUAAAAAAAAAAACUAUAAUUACAAAAAAGAUAUUGGGUUGAGGGUCAUUGGUUCUAUUUUAAUAUGUAUGUUACUUGCAAUUGUUGCCAUGUUUCCAGUAUUGUGAGCUGUUCUUAUCUGUAAUCACAUACUGUAAUGGUGCAUUACUGCCAUACUCACCAUGGGGAAAUAAAUUCCACUGUUUAAAAUCUAA